AUGUUCCCUCCCUCUUCAACAAAACCCGGGCCGUCAGUAAAUCACACACGCCCAUCAGCGCGGAUGCACCCCAACGUCCUGCUCGAGCUCUUCCGCUACCUCGUCGACCUCUCGACCGAGUCCACGCUCGACGCCCUCAUCUCCGCCUCGCACGUCUGCACGACCUGGCGCAAGCUCGCGCUGGACACGCCCGAGCUCUGGGCGCAGAUCCCGCUUAGGGCUGGCCAUGCGUGGGCGGAGGAGGCGCUCAGGCGCUCGGAGCCGCUCCCGAUCGUGCUCAGGGUACCUCUGACGGCGAACGGCGCGCGCCCGCGCGAAAAGACGGUCCUGCGCGUGUUCCGCUCGCUGACGCGCGCGCGCGUGUUCAGCCUGUCCAUCGACGGCCACUCGUCGCUUUUAUCGUCGAACAAUGCCACCCCCAGUUCGAACCCGAGCCAGCAGAACGACUCGUCGAUCCUGGCGCCGCUGCGCUCGCUCGAUGCGCCGCUGCCGUUGCUGGAGGAGCUGAGCCUGAUAUUCAAGAACGCGUGUCCGGAUGCGGCGCGCGUGUUGUCGUCGAGACCGCUCCCGAAGCUCACGUACCUCCACGUGCACAACGCGUGGUUCAGCGCGCCGCUGUUCGAUAGCCGGACGUUCGCCGCUACCAGUCUAUCGCACAUCAAGCUCACCGGCGAGUCGGGCCGCGCGGGCGCAGGCGCGCGCGCUCGCGCGCAUUCGAAUUUGAACGGCAAUCAUAAUACGCGCGGAAGCGCCGAGCCGCCGCCGCCUCCGCCUUACCCGUUUCCGUUGCCGAAUAUAGCGCUGAAUGCGCUGACGAAGCUCGAGGCGCCGAGGGCGCAGUGGACGAGUUUACGCGCGUUAUUGGAUACGCUCGCAAGAAUGCCCAGCCUCGAACUCCUGCAACUCGCAAACUUUGUCGAUCCGCGCGGGCCGCAGGGCGAGGCGUGGGCUUGUGCGCCGGGCGAUGCGGCUCCCAGUGGUACCAUUGAGCAGGUGGAUGGGGACGUGGAGAUGAUGGAUGAUGAUGUCGAAAUGGCCAACGGAGACGGUGAUGGCGAUGCGGGUGUGGGCGAGGAUGGUGUGGCGAGGAUGAGUCUGGGACACGGUGCCCCGCCCGCGCGAGGGCUGCAUAUGCGCGCGUUGAGGAGGUUGGCGUUGGAGGGGCCGUGCGAUAGCGUCGCGGAGGUGUUCGCGAGUUUGAAGUUGGAUAAGGGCGCCAAGCUACAGUUCAUCUGCCAUCUGCCGAGUCCGAGGACGGAUGCGUUCUUGAGCACGAUGCGCGCGGCUGUUCUGGCGCACUAUGCUUCGGCGCCGGAGUGUUUCCGGCAGACGAGUAUAGGCGAGAACGUGCGGUGCUUGUACUUCUCAGCAACGGACUACGAGGAUCUGUAUAAACUCUACGUUGAACUGGUCGACGUCGCACCCCAAGCAUCGUCUCUCGUGAGCGAGCAUCUGGGCUUCUUGAGGGCGUUAUUACCGGAACAGCCGUUUGGCGGUCUUCAGACGCUAUACUUCAACGACGUGCGUGUGCUAGAGAGCGUACCGCCGUGGAAAGAAUGGCGCGGGACACUCCGUCGGGUAACAUUAGUCCACAUCCAGGCCCGCGCGACCUACGGCCUAGUAGACGCCCUCGCCGACCGCGACAUGUUCCCCAUGCUGCGCACGCUCUCUAUCAAGGGCGACGUCGACGACUCGGUGCUCGACCCUCUGGUCCAGAACACGCUCCGGAUGCCCAGGGUCGAGAUUAGGCGGCGGCGGAUGUUGUGGUGGGGCGCGGGGAGGAUUUGA